AUGCAUGAUUUGAAACUUGUCAUUGUUAUAACAUUCGAACAACAACCCAAACCAGCUGCUGAGGAAAAUAAAUGUGGUUUAACCUACAUUCUUGAUCGUAUGACUGCGGACUCAGCCGCUUCAGCGACAGCUCUUAUGUGUGGAGUGAAAACUAAUUAUUUGGUGAUUGGUAUGGACGGUCAGGCUGUAUACAAGAACUGUAUUCAAUCAGAAAGAAAGAGUGAGAAGUUAGAUUCCGUACUAAAAUGGGCUCAAGCUUCAGGAAAGAGGACAGGGAUUGUCACAACUGCACGAAUUACACACGCCACUCCUGCAGCAGCCUAUGCGAACACACCGAGUCGGGACUGGGAAGGGGAUUCACAAAUGUCAAAGAGCGACUUCCCGUGUAAAGACAUUGCGAGACAACUGAUUGAGGAUAAUAAAGACAUAAAUGUGCUGCUCGGAGGAGGUCGACGUUCUUUCAUACCAAAUUAUAUAUUAGACCCAGAGACAUCGAGAUUCGACAGAAAUCAAAGGCAGGACGGCAGAAAUUUAACUGCUGAAUGGUUAAAUGAUAAAGAAGAGCGUGGUGUUAGUCAUGAUUAUGUCUGGAAUAGGGAUCAGUUCUUGGAGGUUGAUGGAAAUAAAACGGAUUUCUUAUUAGGUUUGUUUGAUCCAAGUCAUAUGAACUAUGACAUAGAAAGGAUGGAACAUGGGCCAUUUAGUGAACCAUCGUUGUCAGAAAUGGUAGGGAAAGCCAUAGACAUUCUUAAAUCUGGCACAGAUGGAUUUUUUCUCCUAGUUGAAGGAGCAAAGAUUGAUCAUGGUCAUCAUUUAAACAAACCUGAGAGCGCACUAUAUGAUGUUUUAGCGAUGGACAAAGCAGUAAAUGUUGCAAUCAGCAAGACAGAUUUUCAGGACACCCUCAUGAUUGUUACGGCAGAUCACUCUCACGCAUUUAAUAUUGCAAGUUAUCCAAGCGGAGGCUCAGAUAUUCUAGCUAAAGGAGCUAAACAAUUUCCGUCUGGUAUACCUUUGAUAAGUGCAACCCAUAGUGCGGAGGACGUUUCGGUGUAUGCAAAGGGUCCAAUGACCCAUCUAGUGCACGGAGUCCAAGAACAAACGUACUUUGUGUAUGUGAUGGCUUACGCAGCAUGUAUAGGACCUUACGCGACGGGCAAAAACAAUAAAAAUUGUCUAAGAGGACAUGGACAACAGAAUUCGGUCAGUGAUGCAUUAUGCAAGAAAAGGAUGAUGUCACCGGCUGUAGGUGAGGAUUGGAAUAUCCGGCAUUCGGCAGAGCCUCGAUACCGCCUAAACAGUGGUGGUGGUGAUCGUGCUGCAGCUGCUACUUUUGUUGCUGCUGCUGAUGCUGAUGGCUGUAAUGCCGACGAACAUAAUAAUGAAGAUUAUGAUGAUGAAGUUGUUUACGACGGUGGUGAUAAUGUAGUGUUCAAUAAUGAUAUUAUGGAUUCUUAA